GCUGGAAGAGGAAAGGAAUUGCUUAAAUUUGAGCUAUCCUAAUGGCAAAAAGAGAAUAACUUAACUUAAAGAUCAAGAUUCCAACUCUGCUUCGUCCGCUGAUGUUAGUUGAUGGUUCUUCGCCAGUGCCUUUGAAGAGGAGGAGACACACUAACAUUCAUCCGAUGGAACUUGAAUCAGCUAAGGCUACGCUUGCAGCUGCUAAAGAGAAGUAUGGACGAGAAAUUCGGGUGUUUGAAACAUCUGGACUUUUUUCAUUGCCAACUUCUAGCACCGAGGAGACAGAUGACUUUUAUGAGUUCACUGCAGAAGAUUAUUAUAGACUUUUGGCAACUAAAAAGCAAGAUAAAUUCUUAAAGACACGAAAAAUCCAAGAGGCAGAAGAGGCUGCUCACAGGUCAAAAAUUACCAAGGCUGUAAUUAGAGUCUGCUUUCCUGAUGGUCAUACACUGGAGACCACUUUCCAUCCAUCAGAAACAAUUCAGAGCUUAGUUGAUCUUCUUAUAAAAGUGGUUGCUCAACCAGAUCUACAAUUUCAUUUAUAUACUACUCCUCCAAAGAAGCUAAUAAAAGACUUGUCGCAAGAUUUUUUUGCAGCUGGCUUCAUUCCUGGUGCUAUUGUGUAUUUUUCUUAUGAUCCUCCUAAAGGUGAUGAUAACGCAGCUGUUAAUUUAGGUCCAUUCCUUCAAGAAGAUGUUUUGUCUUUAAAAGGUUUGGAAAUCAAUAAUGAGCAGCCAGAGCCUGUUCAGUCUGCACCAGAACCUGUAAUGGCCCCUCCCCCUGUUGUUCAACAACAGAAACCCGCAGAUAAAAGGCCUCUCAAGCCUAAGUGGCUGAACAUGUGAUGCCACUCUGCAAGUGAGCUCGUUACGCACGGUUUGACUUUAUGGUCUACUUGAUUGAGUUUUCCUCCAUCUCUCUGUGCUGCGUCUGAUUGUAGCCUUGGUUGCUGCAGAUGAACUUAAAACAUCUGCUCUCCAAGUCUUACUAUUUAUAGAAAAAUUUGAUCUUGUAAAGGGUCUAACUGUCUAGGUGAAUCCGUUCUUCUGGCAACAGUUGCACAUUGUUAUUGUUGUUAAUGUUUUUACAAGUCAGUCGGGUGUGAAUAUUUAUCAAUGUAUCAAUGCUGCUUUCUUUUCUACA